AUGUCCGACCACUUCAGCCAGCACCAAUUACGCGAGGGCGUUGUUCUACCCCACGUGCUCAACAAAGCUCCCAAGGGUACCAAGGCGUAUGUUCUCAACCUGGGCUACCUUCAAGCCGACGCUGGAUGGUUCAAGCGCGGAGCCAACCAAUCGCUCAUGAGUGAUCCCAAGGGUCCCGAGGUUCACGAGCGACGUGAUCUCAUCAUGUACUCUGUUCUCAUCGACCAUCCCACCGAGGGACUGAUCCUCUGGGAGACUGGCUGCGGCAAAGACUAUCCUGAGGUCUGGGGAGCACCUCUGAACGACAUUUUCGCACGUUCGCGCUUCUCUCCGGAACAUGAACUGGAUGCCGCGAUCGCUAAAACGGGUCACAGCAUCAGCGACGUCAAGCAGGUCAUCAUCGGUCAUCUUCACCUCGAUCAUGCUGGCGGGCUCGAGUAUUUCCGCAAAUCCGACGUCCCCAUCUGGGUACAUGAACGAGAACUUAAAUCUGCCUUUUUCAGCUGUGCCACCGGUGCAGAUCGCGGCGUCUAUCUGCCUCACUACCUCUCGAUCGACCAACUCAACUGGAAGUGCUUCGACGACCGAACCAUCGACUUUGCUCAAGGUAUCACCCUACACCACCUACCCGGUCAUACCGAUGGCCUCAUCGGAAUGCAGCUCAACUUGGAAAACGAUGGAACCUUCUUCUUUGUCAGUGAUCAUGCUCAUAUCAUGGACAACUACAAACCAGGAAUCCCCCAGGGUUGGCUGGCAAGAGAUCAUCCAUCUUGGUUCAAUUCCAAUCAGAGGUUGCAGAGGAUGGAAAAGACAACCGGUGGAUUGGUCGUUCCCGGACACGAUCUCGAAACCGUCGAACCGCUGUUGGAUCGAGUUCUGACGUGA